AUGGGUUUGGUUGCCAUCAGGGACAAAGGUGAAAAGGAAGGAAGUCGCCAGCCAGCCAGGGAGGAGAAGCCAAGACAGCUUGCAGAGGGGAAUGCUCUGCUGGGCAGCCUCGUGGUCUUUGCCACCUCCAUGACUUUAUGCAAUGCUGGCUGCUAUUUCUUACUCCCCAAGGCAUUUCCAGGUGUUCCUGACCAAGGAUGCAAGGACUCUGACGGACUCAUACACCCAAUGGGCUCGGAGUGGGUUACUGGCAACUGCGAGAAGUGCUCGUGCCUAAAAAGAGGACUUUUCUGUUGCUUCAUUGCUGAUGUACCUGUGAAAUAUGACAGAGCCAAGUGCAAGGAGAUUUUCCAUCAUGAGACCUGCAAAUAUACUGUGGUGGAGAAGGAGAACCCAGAAAAGACCUGUGUUGUCCAUGAAUGGGCAGGGUAACGUGCUUCUAGUGGCCUCAUGGCUCCCAGGCCCAGCCUUGCUCCAUGGCUUUGAAUAGUCUAUAGUUGUAUAGUCUGAAGUAUCAGUAAA